UCUCUAUCUCUCUCUGUGCUGCCGCCUUAAGGUCACCAACUUGUCCUGGUAUUCUAUUCUUGUUUGGGUGUGUCACUUUACAGGAUCCACUUCCAUCAUCAUCAUCUUCUUCUUCUUGUUUAUACAAUUUUCAACUCUUUUUUUUUUUAAAUUAUUUCCGCCCGUGGUCCUUCGUAUCGGUGCAGACCCGUGAAGCAGCAGAUCCCACUACAGGCAUAGUCGUGGGUCCGAACCGGAAUUUCUGGCAAAGGGCUCUGGGUAGUGGUAGUGGGGUUCUGCUUGUGAAGUAGUAGGCUUACUAAAUUUUUACUGGAACUGUAAGACAAAAGAGCUUUCUUUUCUUUUCAUGGGUAAUAUCUCUCUCCUGGAGUCUUAUGGGGGAAUCCAGAUAUGACAGACUUGAGUUUGUGUCACGGCCGACAUUUCUGAACAUCGUACUCUCCAUUCUGUCACUCUUAAGUAUUUCAGCUUUAAUUCAUCGGGAAGGAUCAAAAGGCAGCAAAGGAGAAGAUUUAGCACAGAUCUGAAAAUGGAAGUAAAGAAGGCUGUUACUUGGAAGGUAUAGAUUAAAAAAGAGAGGGAGGGGGGGAGAGUUAUCAAGGAUCUAUUCUAUGAUUCCACCUUGAAGUUUGGUAAAUUUCUGCACCGGGUCCCAAAACCUUGAGGAGAACACAAAGAUAGGAAAUUCCUUUUCUUUUUUUUGUUCGUUUAUGUCAGCAGAGCUUUUGGCAAUCCUCGUAAAAUGAAGAGAGAAUGGGAGAUACCAAUGUCAUCGGGACAAGGCAUCGUGGGCUUGUUGUUGCUCUUUCACCUUGUAAUUAUGGCGUCAGGCGCCAGAGAGUUGUCUCUUCAACAGCAACAACAACAACAAAGCGAUGAUGGUGAUAAUGAUGCCGUGGGACUUUUGAUGGCCUUCAAGCAAACCUCCAUUGAGUCCGAUCCCAAGGGUUUCUUAGCGGAUUGGAGCCAUGAUGGUGAUCCGUGCUCAUGGCGGGUCGUCUCUUGCUCUCCUGAUAGCCAAGUUACCGCCUUGAAUCUCAGUAACGCCGGCCUCAUUGGUAGCCUUCACCUUCCCCUUGUCACAGCCUUGCCCACUCUCCAGCAUCUAUAUUUGCAAGGCAAUUCAUUCUCCGCCGGCAAUCUCACUGUCAGUAGCUCCUCCUCCUGCACCAGCCUCCAUACUAUGGACUUGUCCUCCAACAACUUGUCCGGCUCUUUCCUGCUGCUCUCUUCUUGUAAUCGACUUGCUUACCUCAAUCUCUCUCGGAACUCCAUCUCUGGGGCCAUUCUCCGCUUUGGUCCUUCUCUGCUGAAGCUUGAUCUUUCUCGCAAUCGCAUUUCUGAUUCGUCCCUCCUUAACUAUUCUCUCUCCAACUGCCAGAAUUUGAAUUCACUCAAUUUCUCCGACAACAAGCUCACUGGAUCACUCGGCUCUCUUAAUCUCUUGCCUUGCAAAGAUCUCUCUGUUUUUGACCUCUCCUACAAUCUCUUGUCUGGGGAGAUACCCCCUCGCUUCGUGAGCGACUCACCUGCUUCUCUUCUCUAUCUGGAUCUCUCUCACAACAAUUUCUCUGGCAGCUUCUCCACUCUUGAUUUCGGCCGCUGCCCCAACCUCACUACACUCUUUCUAUCUAACAACGCCCUCUCUGGCGACAACUUCCCGUUGAGCCUACAAGACUGCCAACUUCUGGAGACACUUAACCUCUCCCACAAUCUGCUGCGCUCCAAGAUACCGGGUGCCUUGCUGGGAAAUUUCAAGAGACUAAAGCAACUAUCUCUGGCCCAUAAUCAGUUUUCUGGUGAGAUCCCGCCGGAACUGGGACUGUCAUGUGGGACUCUCCAGGAGCUUGAUCUCUCUGCAAACGAACUCUCUGGUGGGUUGCCUUGGACUUUUGCGUCCUGCUCCUCUUUGCGUAGUCUCAACCUCGGGAACAAUCAACUUUCUGGAGAUUUCCUCACUACAGUUGUGAGUAAACUCCAAAGUCUGAGAUAUCUCUAUGUACCAUUUAACAACAUAACUGGUCCUGUGCCACUGUCGCUGACCAACUGUACUCAGCUUCAAGUGCUCGACCUCAGUUCCAAUAGCUUUUCAGGGAAGGUUCCGGCUGGGUUCUGCUCCUUGCCACUCCACUCACCUCUGGAAAAGAUACUUCUGGCCAACAAUUUCCUCUCUGGGACAGUGCCCUCGGAGCUUGGAAACUGCAAGAACCUGAGGACAAUUGAUCUUAGUUUCAACAGGCUGAGCGGCCCAAUUCCCUCGGAAAUUUGGACCUUGCCAAAUCUUUCUGACUUGGUUAUGUGGGCAAACAACCUUACCGGUGAAAUCCCACAAGGCAUUUGUACAGACGGAGGAAACUUGGAGACCCUGAUUCUCAACAACAAUCUCAUCAGUGGAACUAUUCCGCAGUCUAUUGGCAAGUGCACCAACAUGAUAUGGGUGUCGCUUGCCAGCAACCGGCUCAAUGGAAAUAUCCCUGCUGGUAUUGGGAACCUCCUUAACCUUGCUAUCCUCCAAUUGGGGAACAAUUCACUAACGGGACAGAUCCCACCAGAGCUCGGCAAGUGUCAGAGCCUCAUUUGGCUUGAUUUAAACAGCAAUGCCCUGUUUGGUGCUAUCCCGUCCGAGCUUGCCAACCAAGCUGGACUUGUCAUUCCUGGAAGGGUUUCUGGGAAGCAGUUUGCAUUUGUGAGAAAUGAGGGUGGGACAGCUUGCAGGGGUGCUGGAGGACUGGUUGAAUUUGAAGGGAUACGAGCAGAGAGCCUGGAAAGUUUUCCUAUGGUUCACUCCUGCCCAUCAACCAGAAUCUACUCCGGCUCGACAGUUUAUACAUUCCUCUACAAUGGCAGCAUAAUCUAUCUUGAUCUCGCCUACAAUUCCUUGUCAGGAACUAUUCCUGAAAACCUUGGUUCAAUGAACUUUUUGCAAGUAUUGAAUUUGGGACACAACAGGCUAACUGGAAGUAUUCCUAACAGCUUUGGAGGUCUGAAAGCGAUUGGAGUUCUGGAUCUCUCUCACAAUAGUCUUCAAGGAUUCGUCCCAGGGUCAUUAGGGACUCUCUCUUUUCUUAGUGACCUUGAUGUGUCUAAUAACAACCUCACUGGCCCAAUCCCUUCCGGCGGGCAGCUGACCACUUUCCCAGCAUCCAGAUAUGAGAACAACUCUGGCCUUUGUGGGGUACCCUUGCCCCGUUGUGGCUCUGGAAACCAAUCAGUUGGUUUUUCGACUCGGAGGAAGAAGCAGUCACUCACAGCAGGGAUGGUCAUUGGCAUCGCAUUCUUCUUCUUGUCUAUCAUUGGGCUUACAUUUGCUCUUUUUCGAGUGAAAAAGUACCAGCAGAAGGAGGAACAGAGAGAGAAAUACAUUGAAAGUCUUCCAACUUCAGGUAGCAGCAGCUGGAAACUUUCCAGUGUUCCUGAGCCCCUGAGUAUCAAUGUAGCUACAUUUGAAAAACCUCUGCGGAAGUUGACCUUUGCCCAUCUACUAGAAGCUACAAAUGGUUUCAGUGCUGAAAGCUUGAUAGGUUCUGGUGGGUUUGGUGAGGUCUACAAGGCUCAAUUGAAAGAUGGCUGUGUUGUUGCAAUUAAGAAGCUUAUUCAUGUCACUGGUCAGGGAGACAGGGAGUUUAUGGCAGAGAUGGAAACUAUCGGGAAGAUCAAGCACCGAAACCUGGUUCCUUUGCUGGGUUACUGCAAGAUUGGAGAAGAGAGGCUUCUUGUGUAUGAGUUCAUGAAAUGGGGUAGUCUGGAGGCUGUUCUUCAUGACAGGGCCAAAGGCGGGGGCUCAAAGCUUGAUUGGGCAGCUAGAAAGAAGAUUGCGGUAGGGGCUGCUAGAGGUCUUGCAUUCCUUCACCAUAGCUGCCUACCUCACAUUAUCCACCGGGACAUGAAGUCUAGCAAUGUUCUUCUAGAUGAGAAUUUUGAAGCCCGAGUUUCUGAUUUUGGCAUGGCAAGGUUGGUGAAUGCCCUUGACACUCAUCUCAGUGUGAGCACCCUUGCGGGAACUCCAGGUUAUGUACCCCCUGAGUACUACCAAAGUUUCAGGUGCACAACAAAAGGAGAUGUCUACAGUUAUGGUGUCAUACUGCUAGAGCUUAUAUCAGGCAAGAAGCCGAUAGACCCAUCCCAGUUUGGUGAUGACAACAACCUUGUUGGGUGGGCAAAGCAGCUUCUGAGGGAGAAAAGAAGUAAUGAGAUACUUGACCUUGAGUUGAUGACACAGCAAUCUGGUGAAGCUGAACUGUUUCAGUAUCUGAGGAUUGCUUUUGAAUGCCUAGAUGACAAGCCAUUCCGGCGGCCAACCAUGAUUCAGGUGAUGGCAAUGUUUAAAGAGCUUCAGGUUGAUACAGAAAGUGAUAGUCUCGAUGACUUCUCAUUGAAAGACUCUGUUAUCGAGGAAUCACGAGAAAAGGAACCUUAGUUCAUGUUGGUUCGACCCUGAUUGGACUAAAAGAAGUUUCUUGCAGGCGUGAAUGUGACUGGGCCAUGGCUACACAUAUGUGGUAACAGUGAUGUAAACCUCUGAAAUUGGAAAUGGAUUUAAUUCCUGCACACUGUAUAUAAUAGAACACUGAAUGAGACAGAGAAGUGGAAGGAAAACUUUUGGGAGAACAAAGUAAAGGAGCCUUGCAGUCAUUCAAAAAUUAGUAGCUUAUUUUUUGUUCCCUUUGAUCUUCACAUCUACUGCUGAAGACUUAAAAACUUUGUUCCUUUGCCUUUGCUUUCUGUUUUCUGUCACAGUUUUGGUACGGAUGUACUUCAGUUUGUCAUAAUUUUCGGUUAUUGUUGUUUAUAGAAAGCUGGAAUUUUAGAAGAGAGAUUUGUAAAGUUGUAGCACUGGCAUUGUUGGGAAAUUGAAAAAUCAUAGUUGUGCAAUUCAGAUCUUAUUUCUCUUA